GUGGGGAGGUUGGAGGCGCCCCGCCCAGUCAGCAAGGUUGCGCGUGCCCUGUGCGACCGCCAAGAUGGUAGUGGGCGCGUUCCCUAUGGCGAAGCUGCUAUACCUGGGCAUCCGGCAGGUCAGCAAACCGCUUGCCAACCGCAUCAAAGAGGCUGCCCGCCGAAGCGAGUUUUUCAAGACCUAUAUCUGCCUUCCGCCGGCACAGCUGUACCACUGGGUGGAGAUGCGGACCAAGAUGCGCAUCAUGGGCUUCCGGGGCACUGUCAUCAAGCCGCUCAACGAGGAGGCGGCUGCUGAGUUGGGUGCGGAGCUGCUGGGCGAGGCCACCAUCUUCAUCGUGGGCGGAGGCUGCCUGGUGCUGGAGUACUGGCGCCACCAGUCGCAGCAGCGCCACAAGGAGGAGGAGCAGCGUGCCGCCUGGGACGCGCUGCGGGACGAGGUGGGCCGCUUGGCGCUGGCGCUGGAGGUGCUGCAAACACAGGUGCAGGCAGUGCCGCCCCAGGGUGCCCUGGAGGAGCUGCGCAUGGAGCUACAGGAGGUGCGCGCCCAGCUCGGCUCCCCUGACCCACCACCUGCACUCCAGGCAGCGUCGUCCUCCAAGAAAUAGGGUGGUGCAGAGGCCUGGACCUCAGUGUGGUCCAUGGGCCCUGACUUGGCUGCCUUCCUGAACUUGCUGGGCCCACGGGAAACAACCAAGAUCUGGGUGGCACAUGGCAUUUGGCCACUCCCUGCUGAAGGACCUGGGUAUCUUGCCCUGGGACAAGUCCAGCAGGGGACACACCUGACAGCCCCUGUCAGCCUCUUGACUCCUCUGACCUCCCAUAGUGCUCAUCAGCUACCCAAAUCCGGGGACCUACAAGGCCUGCAGGCCUGCUGCGCUGUCCCCAUCUCAUCAUGUGACCCCGCCUUUCCCUGUGGUCCUGCCAUCAGAGGAAUGUCCCUUCAGCUGGUUCUGUGGAACACAGUUGUCCCACUGUGGCUUAUCAGGUCACUCCAGCUGGGCAUCUCCACCCUGUGGGAGGGGAGAAGGGGACUUUGGCCUGCAGUCCCCUCACAGAAUCGCGUGCGCAUCCCUCUCGGUUGGCCUGAGGUGUCAAGUAGCCUAUUCUCACAACGUGCUCUGUCUGUGGCACAGUCCACUGACUGGCCCUGCAGGUUCUUGUGUGGCCAUGCUCCACUGCCUCCUGUGGGGAGAAUGAUCCUCACGGGGCCCCAUCCAACCGUCUUUGAGCCUCGGCCACUCCCUACCCUCAGAGGCCCUGCAGGGCGUGCCCUCUCCUCCCUUGCCCACCGUCUUCAGUGGCGCCUCCCGGGCUGGUGGCCAGUGUGUGACAUUGUCCUCCCACCCCCGUCUUCCAUGCACACCCUUCCAUUGUAUGCCCUGGCCCUGGACUGUGCCCUCAUGUGGCAGGCCCUCCUCCCUCCGGAGGCCUGGGUCUCUCCUCUGUCCCACUAGACCAGGGUAACAGUUGGUCUCACCCCGUCUUUCAUUUCUGAGCACUGCCAUAACCCUUGACUGCUGGCGUGGUAGCUUAGAAGAACAGGAAUUCUCACAGCUCUGGAAGCCAGAGGUUCAAGUCAAGGAGUCAGCAGGGCCACAUACUUGCUUCCACUUCCGGGUGAUUCCAGGCCUUCUUGGCUCUGCCCCUGUUUCCAUGUGGCUUCCUCUUCUAUCUCUUUGUUUUUCGCAGAACCGGGGAUUGAAUUCAGGCCCUUGCGCUUGCAGGGAAGCACUUAUUCCACUGAGCCAUCUCCCCGGCCCCUCCUCUAUAUAAGUUAUAAAGACAGCUGUCACUGAAUUUAGGGCCACCCUAAAUCCAGGGUGCUCUUACCUCAAAAUCCCUAAUGAUGUCAACAAAGACCCUUUUUCCAAAUAGGGCCACGUUCACAGGUUCUAGGAGUUAGGACAUGUCCAUACCUUUUGAGGGUCCACCAUCCACCCCAUUACGGAAAAGCCACCAAAUAGAAAGUGAGAAGCUGGGCUUCCUAGGGAGCACCUUCCAUUCUUCUAGAAGAGAGGGAGAGGCUGAGGGCCGAGUGAGGCCCACUGGGGAUGUCCUUAAAGUUAGGAGUGAGUCAGAUGGGUGAAGUAGUGAAGAAGGCAAGGCAGAAAUACCACAGCUUGAAGGGUGACAGGGACAGAGCCAGGAAGAGGCUCAGUGCCUGGUUUCCAUGGUUACUAUUGGAGAGGUGGUCCACCCUGUCUCCGACAUCUCUCAUGACUUUAUGUGGCAGUAACUUGUCACCACAAAUCAGGGGCUCUGAGCUCUGGCUAGGGGACCUGCACUGUUCUAAGUGCUUUGCAUAAUGACCACAGCAUGAGGUCUCCCAUGGCACUGAUGAGGAAACUGAGGCAGAGAGGGGCAGUCACCUGCUCCAGGUCAGCUAGGCAGGGUUGGUAGCCUGAGCCCAAACCCCAGCUCCUUCAUGCUGUGUCAGCCCAAUGGGGUGCUGCCGUCAUACCCUAGAGCCUGGGAAUGCGAGCCGAUGUGUGCAGUAGGUGGCCAGGACCCCUUGCUCCACACAAGGGCGUGGGGCCAGAGAGCACUCUGUGGCUCUGGCUUCCUACUUGCCAACUUUGUGUAUAUUGUGCUAUGCUAAGAGGAGUUAAAAUAAACUGAUAGGAAAGCUGGGUGUCUUCAAGUUUAUGCCUUCUUUUUUCAUAUUUUAAAGAUCACUGUUAAGCUCAGAAAAAAAUGGCCUUCGUGUAUACUACCAUUUGAGAAAUUUCACUGAAAUUUUCACAGAAAUUUCACUGCAUACAGAGCCUGUUCUGCACUGUGCUGGGAUUUCAGAGGUGACCGAGACUGCCCACUUGCACCCACCCUCCUGGAGCUCACGUCCCGUUGAUGGGAUAGAUACACAGGCAGACCUUUUCCUUGUCACUUCCUGUGGUUGGGAAGAGGAAGAGGGAUGAACCAGAUUUCUCCUCUCCUGAGUGCCUCAGGGUGUGAACAGGAACCUGCUCAGGAAACCUCAGAGAGCUCUGCCCUUCCCAUCUCCUGGCCAGCUCUGUCAUCUCUGUGGCCCUGCUGCAUGGCCUUGUGCCUGGAAAUGGCCUAGAUUGGCUCAGAGCCACCCCAGGAGAAGAUGGCCUCUGAGCUCCCACCAGAUCCACCAGCCCUCCCACCAGAUCCCAGGGGGCAGUAAGCAGCUACCAUAAGAGAGCACGGAGCAAUGUAUUAGUUCUUGUUAUUGGGCCGGGGAUACAGCUUGGGCACAGCGCAUACCUGGCAAGCACAAGGUCCUGAGUUUGAUUCCCAGUACAAAAAAAAAAAAAAAAAAAUCCCUAC